AUGGCACAGGAUCAGACAGCCCACUUAAAAAAUAUUGUUAAAAUUAAAAAGUCCCAUUUUAUAAAAGAUACAAUAAAUUUUGAAAAAUUAUUAUUUUAUUUUAAAAAAAAAUUUUAUAAAAAAUUUUAUUUAUAUUGAUAUAAUUAUUUUAAAGAUUUAUUUUUUAACAUUUGAAAAAAAUUUAAAAAAUAUUAUAAGAAGAAAAUUUUAAUAUCAUUAGUAAAGUUCGUAAAGAGCAACAAGCGCUUAGCACAAACUUUGGCUUUUAUAAAGCAGUUAGUCAUAAUUAAAUUGGCAUCAUUUAUUUAG